AUGCCAGUAGUGGUAGAGUUUGCUAUGGUGUUUAUGGCAGAAAGCCAUGUGGCUGGGAUGGGCUAUGCCACAAUUGUAGAUAGACUACCCCCUGGUGCCGAGACUGCCUCAGAUGUUCCUCUUCCACUUCAUGGACAUCUUCGUGUUGCCUUUGACCAAACCCAAGACCAAGUUCAAACCAUUCUGAGCAGUCUCAAGCCUGAUUUCGUUUUCUUUAACUUCAGCCCUUGGAUGCCAGCCUUAGCACACCAAAUUGGCUCCAAGGCCAUAUGUUAUUCCAUUGUAACCCUAGCAAUGCAAGCACUAAAGGUUCCUACUAAGGAGAAACCAGAGGAUAUGACUGUAGAAGACUUCAUGCAACCGCCUCCUGGCUAUCCUCCUUCAUGUGUGUGA